AGGGUUAAUUUGUGAGACAAUAAUUUCAUUUAUCUGGUCCCCGUCUCUCUCACAAUUAAACCCUCAACAUUUAUCUCACACUUAUCCAAUCCCUUACUUACAUCCUUACAGUGUUAAGAUUAUUAUUAUUACAACUAAAAGAUAAAUAUUAUUUUAUUGCAAAUAUUUUUUGCAAUAUUGCAAAACUAAUUGAUUAAAAUUAAUAUUUUCUAUACUUAAAUGACGUUACAAGUUUCAUUUUCAUUUAUCAAUGUUUUCAUUUCAUCUUAUAUUUUCGGCGUUCGUCGAAAUGUGAUUGUCUGCUUCAUUUAAGUAUCUUUUUACACAUUUGCACAGUAGUAAAGUUAAAGAAUUGCGUCACAAAAGUAGUGACGCACGUUUACUAUCAUCUUUGAUUUUUCACACCUACAUAUAUAUAUUUUUAUGCUUGUAUAUCAUAUGAAUUCAUGAUCACGAGAGCAAAUGUAUUUAGUUUUGCAAGAUAAUGAUAAUAAUAACUUGAAAGAAAUCAUCCAAAAAUAAUGUUACUAAAGUAAGAAUAAAAUAAUAAUAUUCACAAACAUGGUGAAUAAUAAUAUAUUGAUGAAUUAAGAUUAUUUGUAAAAGAUACUACUAUCUUAUUUAUAGAGAAAUCUUAUUGUAAAUAUUUAUAAUAACCGAUUAAUAAUGAACCAAAUUUUGUGCAAAAAAAGUAUGAGUUUAUUUGUAAGCUUUCAAAAAAUGUUGAUUAUGUGGAAUUCAAUAAAUAAAUGGAAGUAUCAACAAUUAUCAACAACUGUCAGCAUGUCGUUUGCAGCGAUAAAAACGAAUAUUUAUGUGCUUUGUUUAGUUUUGAAGGAGUAUCAGGGUUAAUAUUUAUAGCAGCACAUGAUGAAAAAGUAAAUAUUUAUGGGAUUAUCCUCAGAAUACCCUUGAACAAUUUAUUCAUCAGAGUAGGUAAACAAUAUAUGUAAGAAUAUCAAUAUUGUUAUCAUCAGUAAUCAAUUAUUUGCUCGAACAACAGAUAGCUAAUCAAAGGUGAAAGUGUAACUAAUGAAGAUGUCCAUUUAUUGCGUCAAUUAUGCAGCUCAUGUCUUGUAUUCAAAAUGGGUUGCUUCGGAAGCAAAGACAAACUCAGCAAAGAAGACAUGGAUUUUCUCAAGUCACACACACGAUAUGAUGAAGCCACCAUUAAGGAGUGGUACAAAGGAUUUAAACAAGACUGUCCCAAUGGUAGGCUAACGCCUGCUAAGUUUGUCGAUAUGUAUAAAAUGUUUUUCCCAUCUGGGAAUGCUGAGGAGUUUUGCGAUCAUGUCUUCCGAACAUUCGAUAUGGACAAGAAUGGUUACAUCGACUUUAAGGAAUUUCUACUUGCAAUCGAUGUAACCUCUAGCGGCACACCCGAAGAAAAACUUAAAUGGGCAUUUCGCAUGUAUGACGUAGAUGGCAACGGAGUAAUCGAUAUUCAAGAAAUGACGAAAAUCGUGCAGGCGAUAUAUGACAUGUUGGGUGCAUGUUCGAGCAAUCGACCGGCAGAUAGUGCGGAAGAGAGAGCAAAGAACAUAUUCGCAAAGAUGGAUGAAAACAACGACGGACAGCUGACGCAAGAUGAAUUCCUUAAAGGGUGUCUGCAAGAUGAAGAACUAUCUAAAAUGCUUGCACCUUAAUUGCCAUGCAUUUGGUUUAAAUCUAAUAAUAGACAUGCAUCAUACAAGCUACUAUCAUCAUUAUCUAAUGAUAGUGAUAAACGUUCGAAAUGGCAAAGAAUAAUUACUGCUGUUGCACGCACGUUCCCUUAGCACUUAAUGAUUCUUGUGUAGUCGAUCAAUUCGGAUUAAUUGACUAUGCAAUUGAACACAACCAUCUCGAAGACCUCAAUCGAGGCCGCUAUAAUCGUCAAUAGCUUUGUAUAAAUCGUGUGUCAACAGCAAAUAUAAGUCAUCAAACUCAAAAUAAAUAUAUAUAUGUUAACACUUA